AUGACCGGAACGAUCGAGCAUAAUGCUCCCUCCAUUGACAGCGCAACCACCAACACAGCGCCAUCAGACCAUUCCAUACCUGCACUGAGUGACCAAAUCAAUGAGAUCGAAAAAGGCCAACACCCAAACAAAGCCCCAGGCACCUACGAUACCACCCUCGACUCUGAAAAAGCCAACUCAUCGCCCCCGGUUUCUCUAGGCCCCGGUCCACCCCCAGAUGGCGGCGCCCAAGCAUGGCUCGUCGUCGUUGGCGCAUUCUGUGGUCUUUUCGUCAGUUUCGGUUGGAUCAACUGCAUCGGCGUAUUCCAAACAUACUACGAAAGCCACCAGUUGCAAAACAUGUCAACCAGCACAGUGACCUGGAUCACAUCGCUCGAGACAUUCGUCAUGUUCUUCGCUGGUCCAAUCUUCGGUACCUUGUUCGACAGUUACGGACCGCGCUGGAUCUUGCUCGGUGGGACAAUUCUGCAUGUCUUCGGAUUGAUGAUGACCUCGCUUUCGACCGAGUAUUAUCAAUUUAUUCUCGCGCAAGGAAUAUGCAGUCCACUUGGUGCUAGUGCCAUCUUCAAUGCGUGCGUAAAUGCUGUGAGUACAUGGUUUGCGAAACGGAGGGCUUUCGCGCUGGGAGUCAUGGCUUCCGGGUCCAGUCUCGGAGGUGUCAUUUUCCCUAUUAUGGUGUCGCAUUUGAUUCCCCAGGUGGGAUUUGCGUGGGCAAUGCGUAUUUGUGCGUUUUUGAUUCUGGGCAUGCUGGUCAUUUCGAACUUGACUUUAAAGUCGCGAUUGCCGCCUUCGAAGAAGCCCUUUUCUAUGAUGAACUUUGUCAGGCCGCUCAAAGAUGUCAAGUUUGUCUUGACCGUUGCCGGGGCCUUUUGCUUCUUCUGGGGAAUGUUCUUGCCUUUCACUUUUGUGAUCACGCAGGCGGAGCGAUAUGGCAUGUCGCAGAACAUGUCGCAGUAUCUGAUUCCAAUCUUGAAUGCUGCGAGUAUCUUCGGUCGUACCCUUCCAGGUUACAUGGCUGACCGUGUCGGUCGGUACAACGUGAUGAUCAUCUUCAGCUUCAUGUCUGGUAUUCUCGUGCUUGCUCUGUGGCUUCCAUCUCGCAGCAAUGCACCAGCCAUUGUAUUCAGCGCGUUAUACGGGUUCGGUUCCGGUGCCUUCGUCUCCCUUGCCCGGCGCUGA